UCAGCAGCAUUAGCUGUUAUUGAGGGGCCCCAGCGCCAUCUCAAACCCAACGUGACCGAACACACACACCAACCUUCUUUUUCUUUUACGCCGCUGAGCAACAAUGUCUCUGCAGGCCACCAUGAACGCGCCUUGCGCGACGGGCCGUGUUGCCCGCCGCUCCGUCAAGGUUUCGGCCAUCUCUGCUCCCCCGACGCCCGCGCGUGCCCCCUCGUCGACCGGCUCGGUUAAGCGUGCGAUGACCAUGACCGAGAAGAUCCUGGCGAACCACUCGGACAACUCCGCUGUGAAGCCGGGUGACAACAUCUGGACGAAGGUCGAUAAGCUGAUGACCCACGACGUGUGCGGCCCGGGCACCUUCGGCAUCUUCCAGAAGGAGUUCGGCCCGAACGCCAAGGUCUGGGACAACGAGCGUGUGGUCAUCAUCCCCGACCACUACAUCUUCACCUCGGACGCCCGCGCCAACCGCAACGUGGACAUCCUGCGUGAGGUGGCCGGCAAGUACAACAUCAAGUACUUUUACGACAUCACUGACCGCUCCAACUUCAAGGCCAACCCGGACUACAAGGGCGUGUGCCACGUGGCGCUGGCGCAGGAGGGCCACUGCAAGCCCGGCGAGGUGCUGUUCGGCACUGACAGCCACACCUGCAACGCCGGCGCGUUCGGCCAGUUCGCCACGGGUGUGGGCAACACCGACGCCGGCUUCAUCCUGGGCACCGGCAAGCUGCUGAUCAAGGUUCCCCCGACCAUGCGCUUCAUCAUGGACGGCGAGAUGCCCGAGUACCUGCUGGCCAAGGACCUCAUCCUGCAGAUCAUUGGCGAGAUCUCGGUGGCGGGCGCCACCUACAAGGCCAUGGAGUUCGCCGGCAGCGCCAUUGAGGGCAUGAACAUGGACGAGCGCAUGACCAUCUGCAACAUGGUGGUGGAGGCGGGAGGCAAGAACGGCGUGAUCGCGCCUGACCAGACCACCUUCGACUACGUCAAGGCGCGCACGCAGGAGGCUUUCGAGCCCGUGUACAGCGACGGCGCCGCCAGCUACAUUGCUGACUACAAGUGGGACGUGUCCAAGCUGGAGCCGCUGGUGGCCGCGCCCCACUCGCCCGACAACCGCAAGACCGCGCGCGAGUGCUCCGACGUCAAGAUCGACCGCGUGUACAUCGGCAGCUGCACGGGCGGCAAGACCGAGGACUUCAUCUCGGCCGCCAAGCUGUUUUACCGCGCCAAGCGCCAGGUCAAGGUGCCCACCUACCUGGUGCCAGCCACCCAGAAGGUGUGGGCGGACGUGUACACCAUGCCCGUGCCCGGCUGCGACGGCAAGACCGCCGCCGAGAUCUUCGAGGAGAGCGGCUGCAUCACCCCCGCCGCGCCCUCCUGCGCCGCCUGCCUGGGCGGGCCGCGCGACACCUUCGCGCGCAUGAACGAGCCCGAGGUGUGCGUGUCCACCACCAACCGCAACUUCCCCGGCCGCAUGGGCCACAAGGAGGGCCAGAUCUACCUGGCCUCGCCCUACACCGCCGCCGCCUCCGCCCUCAAGGGCUUCGUGUGCGACCCCCGCGAGUACAUGUAAGCGCACGCCGCUUCAAUGCGUGGCGUGCUAGCAGUGCGGUGCGCUGGCAACGGCAGCACACACUGCAUAUGUGUGGGAGGGAGCAGAGGGUUGGGAGCUGCCGGUGCGGAACAUGGGCCACGUGUCGCGUUGGUCGUGGUCGAGCGCUAGGCAAGGAGGAGAUGCGUUGCAGAUGCUGGCAGCAGCAGGAGCAGGCGCAGGCGGAGGCGGAGGCGGAGGCGGAGACGGAGACGGAGACGGAGACGGAGACAUGGGGAGGCGGGAGGGCGGCCUCUGGGUGCGAGGGGAUCGAGGUCAGGCUGCUGCCGUGCGUGCUGUGCGCUGCGCUAGGACGCAGUGAGUGGGUUGGUGCGAGCGUUGGCGUGCCGAGUGCAUGAAGGCAGGAGUGACGUCGCUAAUAUGCGGCGGGAAGCAGGGAUUGGAUUCCCCGGUUUAGGGCACGACGAAACGGACCCAACGGACCCAGUGUACGGUGCAUGCGAAGGGGUCCGUUCCCUUCCGUUCGUUGAGUCGUGGUAGCCUGUGGUCGGAGCUGGGUGUGGAGCGGAGGCUGUGUGUAACAGUCCGUUUGAUGCUUUGACCGUUUCUUUGCAUGGGGUGUGCACCUGGUGAGGGGAGCGCUGCUCACUCCAAGCGGGGCAGCAAGACCGAGGAACACGCCGUGCUAAGCCCCAACCAACCG